AAUGUAAUGGCUCAUAAAAUAAUCGAUAUUGCAAAAGAAAGAAAUUUUAGUUUAGAAAGAUUAUUUUCGUUUGAGUUAUGCCCAAAUAAUAUUUUAUUCAACGAUGAUGGUUCAUUAAAGAAAGAAACUAGCAAAAGCGAUCUUGUCAAAGUAUUAGAAAAACAAACCGAUGUUCAAUGCAAUGUAGAUGUGAGAGCUUUACAUAGUUUUACUUUAAUUGUAGACGUUAUGAUCAUUUGUAGAUAAUUGAGCUUCAAAAAGAUGGAUACAUUUGAAGACUUUGCAAAAGCUUUUUGUGGCUCAGUUUCCAACAUUUCGAACCAAGGAGCACAUCGAAUCGACUUUGUUUUUGAUUCUUACACGGACACAUCUAAGAAGUUUGUAGAAAGACUGAUUAGAUAUCAAAAUAAAUCAAUAGAUAUACACGUAAUUCAUGAAAACGUACCUACUCCGAAAGAAGAAAAACUGUUUUGGGGAUCAAAUAAAAAUAAAGUUUUAUUGCAGUAUUUUAUUCGCAAAUACGUCCUGGAAAAAAGCUCGAGUAUUUGGCCAGGUGUAGAAAUCAUGUGCAGUGCUACCAAUGAACUAUCAUGCGAAUCUAAUCAUACCAUAGACAAUUUAAAAUUGAAAGAAUUACAGCGAAACGAGAUUGAAGAGGCAGAUUCUAGAAUUAUUAUACACGUCAUGCAAGCUAGCAGAGAGGGUGAAAAAAAUAGUAGUUUUGUCGUCUGAUACUGAUGUUGUAAUGUUGUUGCUAUAUUAUUGGAUUAAAUUCGAAGAGAAAAACUUAAAGGAAUUGUGGAUUAGAGUAGGAGCAGCAGCAAAAAAACGGUUUUUACCUGUACAUAUUGUUGCUAAACAUGAACAAACUGGCAUUCAACUUUGUUCAACGUUGUUAGCAGUACACCACCUUACAGGCUCUGAUUACACCAGCAAAAUUGGUACCAAAUAUAGUGCUUUACGAAGUAGUCCCAAAAAAUUUCUUAGAAGCGUUGCCCAAGGUAUAUCGAAGUUAGAAAUAGAAAAUUGUAUCGAGGAAGCCGAGAAAUACCUUGUGCAAGUGAUAAAAAAAGGUAACGCUUGUCUAACAUUCGACGAACUUAGAUUUUGGAUGUAUCAUUAUGGAAACACAGCAUCGAUAUUAGAUCUUCCACCAACUAGUAACUCAAUUAAAUUACAUAUAUUGAGAGCCUUCUAUGCAACCUUUGAACACAUGAAUUUGCUAAAUGCAGAAUGUCCAAAAUUAGAUCCUUUAGAAUUCGGUUAUAUUCAACAAGAGGAACAUUUGAUUCCAAUAAAAGUUGCAGUCUCGUUUCCGCCAAUGGAUGAGUUGGUACCGAAUUGCAAUAGCACAAAUUGUUCAAGAAAAACGUGUCUUUGUAGAUCGGCAGGCCUAUCAUGCAUAUCUUUCUGUAUUUGUCGUUCAACAGGCGUUUGUAAAAAUCCGUAUGACUCAAAAGACAAGAAUGAUAAUUUUAAUUUAAAUCCAAAAUUUUAUUUUCAUUAAAUUUAAAAUAUUUGU